AGUGGAGGGGGAAGAAGGAGAGAGCUGGAAGAGACAGGAAGGAAAAGGAGAAAAGAGCAACAAUAUCACCGAGUGCUAUGUGUGAGAGAGUGAGUGAGUGAGUGAGGCAGGAUAUAAACCCUCCUCCUGCCUCACCAUGCGGCUGUCCUGAGCUGUCUUCCCAGCAUCAGACUCCCUCCUUGUCAAGUGAGAAGCAGAUGAGCUAUGGAAGGUUCAAAGUCUUCAAGCUCCACCAUGCAAGUGAGCUUUGUAUGCCAGCGUUGUAGUCAACCCCUAAAGCUGGAUACAUCCUUCAAUGUUUUAGAUAGAGUCACAAUUCAGGAACUCACAGCCCCUUUAGUUACAGUUACUCCUGUAAAACCAGAAGAAGGCAGGGUGGAAAAUGGCAGCCCUGCAGAGGAAGCUUGCACAGAAGGUAAACCAGAUAGUGUUUCCAGAAAAUAUAUACCUCCUGCUCGGAUGUUGUCCACAGAAAGUGCUAAUAGUUUUACUCUCAUUGGAGAAGCUUCUGAUGGUGGCACAAUGGAAAACCUAAGCCGAAGACUCAAAGUGACCAGUGAUCUGUUUGACAUCAUGUCUGGACAGACAGAUGUGGACCAUCCUCUCUGUGAGGAAUGUACUGAUACACUGCUUGAUCAGUUGGACCAGCAACUGAAUGUCACAGAAAAUGAAUGUCAGAAUUACAAAAACUGUUUAGAGAUACUUGAACAAAUGAAUGAGGAAGAUGAAGAGCAACUGCUGCAAGAGUUGAAAGCACUGAACUCCCAAGAGAACUUUUUAAUUCAGGAACUUGAAAAUGUGGAAGUGAAACGGAAGAAGGUAGCAGAUGAUUUGGCCGAGGUUAGGGCAGAGACAGAGAGACUCAAUCAAGAAGAAGCCCAGUACCAGCGGGAGUAUUCUGAAUUCAAAAGACAGCAAUUGGAGCUUGAUGAUGAUUUAACAAGUGUUGGCAAUCAGAUGCGAUAUGCUCAGAUUCAGCUUGAUAAACUCAAGAAAACCAAUGUUUUCAAUGCUACGUUUCACAUAUGGCAUAGUGGACAGUUUGGCACCAUCAAUAACUUCAGACUAGGACGUCUACCAAGUGUUCCUGUGGAAUGGAAUGAGAUUAAUGCAGCUUGGGGGCAGACUGUGCUGUUACUGCACUCACUGGCUAACAAGAUGGAACUCCGAUUUCAGAGGUAUCGUCUUGUCCCUUAUGGGAAUCAUUCAUACUUGGAAUCACUUACAGACAGAGCAAAGGAGCUGCCAUUGUACUGUUCUGGAGGAUUACGAUUCUUCUGGGACAACAAGUUUGAUCAUGCUAUGGUGGCUUUUCUGGAUUGCGUUCAACAGUUUAAAGAGGAGGUAGAAAGAGGUGACACUGGCUUCUGCUUACCAUACAGAAUGGAUGUGGAGAAGGGAAAGAUUGAAGACACAGGAGGAAGUGGAGGAUCUUAUUCUAUAAAAACACAGUUCAACUCUGAGGAACAGUGGACAAAGGCACUCAAAUUUAUGCUCACCAAUUUGAAAUGGGGGCUGGCAUGGGUGUCUUCUCAAUUCUAUAAUAGGUGAUUAAAUAUUAUUUCCUUGUUGAAUCCAUACUGCAUUUGCUGAGCAUUGUUCCAAGGUUUCAUCCAAUGUUAUUGCCUGUCUGAGGUGAUUCACUGUGCUUAUAUGUAUGCUUUCCUUGAGAAAUAAACUGUAAAAUCAUCAAACGCGACAAACUGGAGAGGUGGCUUGCACAGUGGGUUAGAUGUGGAAUGCGAGCAUUUCAACCAUGGACCUAGUUCCAAACCUGACAGAAAGAAAGUUCGCUUUUAAGUAUUGUGUGAAAUGAGUUUGGGUAGAUCUAGUCUAAUUCUGAAUGAACUGGCAGUAAUCCAAAGUUGCUUUUAGUGGCAAUCUCAUGGCAAAGUCACAGAAUAGCUGGUGAAAAAUGGGGGAAGGAAUGACACAGUGGUACUGAAACAAAGUGCUGUUUUUAUCAUUUCUAGCAUGUAUAUCUGACUUGAUGACACUCAGUACCUGAAAUGGAAAGAGAUCUGUUCUGCAACAUCAUUAAUAUCUCUCUUAACCUUGAUAAGCACAAAUGGAAAAAAAAUACAUACACAAGUCACUUUGUUUCUUGUUUUACUUUUUUUUAAUUUGUGGUUGACAUAUGCCUGGAUUUUGAGUGUAAUAUCCCAAAUCACGAUGUACUGCACCAACGCAAUUGACUAAUGUGUUUGAACAGACUGGAAAAAUGUUGCUUUUUUAAAAUGGAUGCUAAAUAAUUGUAAUAUGAGUUGUGGAGGAUUUCAGACCUAACAUUGUUCCCUGUGAUGUAACAGUUCAACAAUGCCAAAUUUUGAUAGGCAAGUAGCUAAAGAUGUUUGCUGUUAAUCUACAGUUUGUUCAUGCCUUGACCUCUGAAUCACAUUUGAGCAUGUGGAGGUGAGACUUCAUAAAUACGUACAUUUUGGCAUCAAGACGCUUUUAUUUCAAUGCACUGCUUUGAGUGCUUAUCACUUAACUUGCAGCUGGGCUGGAGUAUGUUGCAUAGUUUGGUUGGUGUGGUUACAAGACAUUAAGAAAUUCAAUACUAUGAAAUACAAACAAGAUGCAAGCAGUUUUUCAUCUGAACCAUGGGUUGACAAUGCUUUUAUCACACCAAAACACACUAUUUAAUAAUGUGUGUGUAUAUAUUAUAUAUAGAAGUUUUAUUUAUAACUAAUUUUGGCAUGUUGUGCUACUGUUUGUCCAAGAUGAAAUGGAAACAACUUAUUUUUAUGCACUGGUGUUAUGACUGACUGUAGACAAGAUGCUCGUUCCAGUAGGGAUACGACAUUCACAUCAAAGAAUUAAAUUUACAACUUAAUCAUUACAUUAUUUCCAGAAUCUGACUUAUCGUGGAUAUUGUACAAGAAGUAUUAUUUAGACCAGAUACAAUACGCUUCUGUGAAACAGUAUAUAAUUUCUCAGUAAAACCUGUCCACUGAUCCUGUUGUACACUUGGUCUAGCUUUGAAAUGUAUCAAUUAGCUCCUUUUUAUCUUGUAUCACUAGAAAACAAAUGAAAGCUCUGAAACUGAUUCACAAAGUUAAAUACAUAAAAUAAAUUUGAAUGCCUGUUCAAAGCUCUAAUAUACUGUCUUUGACAUUUAAUUAAAAGUUAUCUAAACAGUUUGAAUGCAUUUCAGGCAUUUCUUUGUUUCUAUCAUAAACCAAGAUCAGUCUUGUGGAAUUUGACCAUUUGGUGACUAGAAUCACAGUCAAGCUGUUUUUGUUAUAUCAUUUAUUCAUAUGAAAUUUAUCGAUUAGUCAUUGUUUAUUCGGAAGCCUGCUGCGAUUGUUUAAAGACAGAAGAAGGGUAUGACAUUGUGACAGGAUUUGGAAUUGCCUGCUUAUUAACAUCUUGACUGUGUCACAUCUUGCAAGAUGGGACGUGAAAUAAAUAGAUUUAUACACA